GCUCAAUAAUGCAGUGCUCUAGUGCAAAGUCGCGGCUUGGCGCCACUACUAGCUGAAGUAAAGCUGUAAGCACGCAGAAAAGGAGCAGCUUUCAGCAGUGAUAAUUCAUCCGUUUGCUUCCAACAAAGCAGUUUCCACUUCCAAAGCUCUUUUAGAAACCAUCAGCAUCACCCACAACAUUUUCAGGCAAGAUGAAUCCAGAGACGUUCACGCACAAGACAAAUGAAGCCCUGUCGGCAGCACGCGAGAUCGCGGAGCAGAUGGGCCAUGCACAGAUGCUGCCGGCUCAUGUGUUCUUGACACUCUUGAGGGAUCCCAAUGGAUUAGCUCGACAAGCAGUAGCCCAGGCCGCUGGAGCGGAUGCAGGAGCGGUCGAGGCUGUCGAGCAGUCUCUCAAAAACAUCCUUGCUAAGCAGCCCUCUCAAAGCCCCGCUCCAGACGAGAUCACUGCCAGCACAGCUCUGGUGAAAGCCUUGAAACGGGCCCAGAAGUUCCAGAAGGAUCAUGGGGACUUGUACCUGGCUGUUGAUUCCUUGCUGCUGGGCAUGCUCGAGGACUCACAGGUGGCUGAUGCACUCAAGCAGGCAAAUGUGAACAUUGCCAAAGUGAGGGAUGCCCUCUCAGCGCUCAGGGGAAAGGAUGGUGGGGGCCAAGGCGCCAAGAAAGUGACCAACCCCAUGGGAGACCAGACGUUUGAGGCGCUCAAAAACUACGGGCGGGACCUGGUGGAGGAGGCUCAGCAAGGCCGCCUGGACCCUGUGAUUGGGCGCGAUGAGGAGAUCAGGCGUGUCAUCAGGAUCCUGUCCAGGAGAACAAAGAACAACCCUGUGCUGAUCGGUGACCCUGGUGUCGGCAAGACGGCCAUCGUAGAAGGCAUCGCACAGCGGAUCGUGCGGGGGGACGUCCCCAGCAACCUGGCGCAGGUGCGCAUCAUCGCUCUCGACAUGGGGUCGCUUAUCGCAGGGGCCAAGUACCGGGGAGAGUUCGAGGAGCGCCUCAAGGCGGUGCUCAAGGAGGUUACCGACUCGGAUGGCAAGAUAAUCCUAUUUAUCGAUGAGAUUCACCUGGUUCUGGGCGCGGGCAAGACGGAGGGUUCUAUGGACGCCGCGAAUCUGCUGAAGCCCAUGCUGGCACGGGGCCAGCUGCGCUGCGUGGGGGCGACCACUCUGGACGAAUACCGCAAGUACGUCGAGAAGGACGCAGCCUUCGAGCGCCGCUUCCAACAGGUGCUGGUGAAGGAGCCGAGCGUGGAAGACACGAUCAGCAUUCUGCGCGGCCUUAAGGAGAAGUACGAGUCGCACCACGGCGUCCGCAUCCUCGACAGGGCCCUCGUCGUCGCGGCCCAGCUCAGUGCACGCUACAUCACCGACCGCUUCCUGCCGGAUAAGGCCAUCGACCUGGUGGACGAGGCGUGCGCCAACGUGCGCGUGCAGCUGGACAGCCAGCCCGAGGAGAUUGACAAAUUAGAGCGGCGCAAGAUGCAGCUGGAGAUUGAGAUGCACGCGCUGGAGAAGGAGAAGGAUGAUAAGGCGAGCAGGCAGAGGCUGGAAGAAGUCAAGGCUGAGCUGGCGGCGAUCCAGGACAAGCUGCAGCCGCUGGUGAUGCGGUACCGCGCGGAGAAGGCGCGCGUGGAUGAGAUCCGGCGUCUGCGCCAGAAGCAGGAGGAAGUGCGCCGCCUCGUCCAGGAGGCCGAGAGCCGCUACGACCUGGCGCGCGCCGCGGACCUCAAGUACGGCGCGCUGCAGGAGAUCGAGGAUACGCUCAAGAAGCUCGAGGGCGAGUUCCAGAAGGAGGGCAGCCGGAUGCUGAAGGAGGUGGUGGGGCCGGACGACAUCGCGGAGGUGGUCUCGCGCUGGACCGGCAUCCCCGUCACGCGGCUCUGCCAGGCCGACAAGGAACGGCUCAUGUCGCUCGCGCAGAGGCUGCACGCGCGCGUGGUGGGCCAGGACGAGGCGGUGGAGGCGGUGGCGCAGGCGGUGCUGCGCAGCCGCGCGGGGCUGAGCCGGGCGCAGCAGCCGACGGGGUCGUUUUUGUUCCUGGGCCCGACGGGCGUGGGCAAGACGGAGCUGGCCAAGGCGCUCGCGGAGGAGUUGUUCGACGACGAGAAGCAGCUCGUGCGCAUCGACAUGACCGAGUACAUGGAGCAACACUCCGUCGCGCGGCUCAUCGGGGCGCCGCCAGGGUACGUCGGUUACGAGGAGGGCGGCCAGCUGACGGAGACGGUGCGCCGGCGGCCGUACAGCGUGAUCCUGUUCGACGAGGUGGAAAAGGCGCACCAGAGCGUCUGGAACGUGCUGCUGCAGGUGCUGGACGACGGACGGCUGACGGACGGGCAGGGCCGCACUGUGGACUUCACCAACACGGUGAUCAUCAUGACCAGCAACCUGGGGGCGGAGUACCUGCUGCAAACGCUGUCCGUGACGCAGGACGUCAGCGCCAAUAGCCCGGCCUUCAAGCAGGCCAAGGAGAUGGUCAUGGCGGAGGUCCGGCGGAACUUCCGGCCUGAGCUGCUGAACCGGCUGGACGAGAUCGUGGUGUUCACCCCGCUGAGCCACGCCCAGCUGCGCAAGGUGGCGCGCCUCCAGAUGGCGGACGUCGCGGCCAGGCUCGCGGAGCGCGGCAUCGCACUCUCCGUUACGGACGCGGCCCUCGACCUCGUGCUGCAGGAGGCGUACGACCCCGCGUUCGGCGCGCGGCCGCUGCGGCGCUACCUGGAGCGCAAGGUGGUGACGGAGCUGUCCAAGAUGCUGGUGCAGGGCAAGAUCGACGAGAACUCCACCGUCUACAUCGACGUGGCACCCGGGGGCAACCAGCUGCACUUCACCGUUAGAAAGGACGGCGGAGUGGGGAGUGCGGCGGAGAAGAACAAGAACAAUAUGGUGAAGGCGAGCACGGGGGGUUCUGCCAAGGCGGUCAAGAAGAUGAGACUGGACGAUAUGGACGACCUCAUGGACGAGGAGUAGAUUCGCUAAUUGUUCCUUGAGAGUCGGCUCAUGUUAAGAGAGUGCAGAAGCCAAUAGAGAAUGUGCUGACCGAGAUCGAUCAACAAGGAUCCAUAAGUUUGUGCUAUUCAUAGGAUACGAGGAGGGUUUUGACGGAAGGUCUCUUCAGGGAGGGCGAAUUGGACCGUUCUUUACGAACGUCCAAUCAAAGUCCAGCCUGCUUAGUCCUAGAUAUCCUGGUUUUUCCCGAUGGUAGAGAUCGUGAUAAGCAUACUGCAACAUACAAGCUUAUAGUGUAGUGGAAUUAAUUGGUCAUAUUCAAACAUACUUAACCUACAUAAAAUAGACAUAUAGAUGGUCGUUCACAAGAGCUUUAUAGGCGCGCUCAGGCUGGAGACUGUCAACUUAUUUACGUUCGCCUGGGGAGAAAAGGAGACUGGUUAAGAAGAAAAGUUCUAAUUGAAUACAUAUCAAGUCGUUAACACAACGCUUCCCCAUGCGAAUAUAGAACGUUUUUCAAAACACAUUGCACGUGUCCAUCAUGCACGGCCACUCCCUC